AUGAGUCCCGGCGCCGAUCCUGAUUCGUCUUGUGUAAUAACAGCUGUUGGUUUCGUCUCACAGGCUGGAAACAGACAGCAAAAAUAUGAAGUAUUAUCUCGAACUUCAGAUAGUGCUGAUGAUGCUUGUUUGUGGCCAUCAAGUCUCCUUUCACGACGUACAAGAUACUUAUGUUAUGUUUCAGAAAAUAUAAAUACAUGUACUGGACAAAAACCAAUACUUGUAAAUUUGGUACUAGUAGAUGACGGUGAACAUAUUCCUGCAAAUCAUCAAGCGAUAUAUAAUACAAUAGAUACAGGUGAACGUGCUUUAAAAAGAAAAAUUCUUUGUGCUAAAUUUUCACCACGUUCUACAACUACUCGUGCAAUUACCAGAAUUGGUGUUUACAGUCGUCCACGUACUACAACUCCUGGUUAUACACGUAUCGGUGAUAUCAAUUCGAUUAUAAUUUAUUGUAAGCAUACAGAGAUUGGUCUACUUAAUUCAGAUAGAUCAUCUGUUCAAGUAAAACCUCCCCCGUCAAUCCCACCUCGACCAUCAAUUCCAGAUAGUAAUAAUUUAUAUCCAAGUUUACCUACAUUUUCAUCAUCAAGCAACUCUUCAACUUGUGAAGCAUUUGCUACAACACGACGUGGAACAGUACACCCUCUCUCUGGGAUUCCUUUCGAAUUGAACAAACGUUAUCUUACUGAUGAACCAGGGGAAUACAAAAAUAACGGUGCAUCGAAGUACAAGUCAUUUGAUGAAAUAGAUUCUCAGUUUCAAUAUCGUUUUGAUCAAGAACGAUUUUUACUUGCAACAUCAACUUGA